GAGCUGCCUUUCAGUGCCUUCUAUCAGUGCCAGUCAGUGCCACCUAUCAAUGCCAUCAGUGCCACCUAUCAGUGCCAGUCAGUGCCGCCUAUCAGUGCCAGUCAGUGCACAUCAGUGCCGCCUAUUAGUGCCUGUCAGUGCCCGUCAGUGCCGCCUAACAGUGUCUGCCAUCAGUGCCGUCUAUCAGUGCCACCUAUCAGUGGCAUAUGAGUGCUGCAUGUCAAUGCCACCUACCAGUGCCUCCUCAUCAGUGCACAUCAGU